UUUUUUUUUUCGGGGGGUCGUUCCUAGAGAAGAGAGGGUGAAUGUACGAGACUUUUUUUCAGCGGACAACUUUAGGUGGAAAGUUUCUCAUCGGUGUCCCCCCCCCCCCCCCCUCAAGUGUCCGGCGAGGCCGCGGCGGAGCUGGCUGUAAUGCAGUGAGCAGCGCCGUGUUUUUCGGGGGGAUAAAAAGCAGAGCAGGGGGCUGCAGCAGCCCUCUCACCGCCCCGACGCUAUGCCGUGGACCGGCGGCAACAAGCGGAGAGAGAGCUCGGAGCUGCCGCUGCCCGCGGGCUGGGAGGAAGCCCGGGAUUACGAUGGCAGGGUCUUUUUUAUCGACCACAACACCCGGCAAACUUCGUGGAUUGACCCCAGAGAUAGGAUCACCAAGCCGCUGACUUUUGCUGACUGUGUUGGAGAUGAACUGCCUCUCGGGUGGGAGGAAGUUUACGACCAGCAAGUUGGAGUUUACUACAUAGACCACAUUAACAAGACCACCCAGAUCGAGAACCCGCGGACUCAGUGGCGGCAGGAGCAGGAGCGCAUGCUGAAGGAGUACCUGGUGGUGGCCCAGGAGGCCCUCAAAGCCAAGAAGGAGAUGUAUCUGGUGAAGCAGCAGCGACUGGAGCUGGCUCAGCAGGAGAUGUUGCUCUUCCACGAGCUCUCAGAGGACAACCGCUCCAUCACCAGCACACUUUCCGGCUCGUCCUCAAACGCGAAAUACGACCCUGACCAAAUCAAAGUGGAAAUAGCCUGUAGACGAGAGCGGCUCUCCAGACUGAAGCAGGAGCUGGCCCAGGUGAAGCAGGAGCUGCAGUAUAAGGAAAUGGGAGUGGAGACCCUGCAAGAGAUCGACAGAAAGAUGUCGUGCAGUCAGACAAACUACAAGCUGGAUGAGGCUCAGGCCAUCUUCAACGAGCUGCGCAGCAUCAAGAAGGCCAUCAGCACCGGCGAGAAGGAGAGGCAGGACCUUAUCCAGAGCCUUGCAAAGCUGACGGUUAACUUCCAAAGCAGCUUGUCGAUCGGCGAGUCGGCCGGCGAAGUGGCGAACAGCACUGGAACUGCGGGUGACUCGUGUAAUCCUCAGCAGUACUGUGACACUGGCUGUCAGACGGACAUCCUCGGAGAGUGCGUCUCCCAAGAUUCCUCACAUCUGGUUGACAAAGUGAAACUCAACUGGCAGUAUGAGGAAGCCAAGAAAAAGGUGCAGAGCAUCCAGCACCAGCUAGCACAGCUGGACAGUGAAAGCUGGUCGGGGCGGGCCGAGGCGGACCGGGACCGCGACUUCAUGCAGCUCCUGCGCGAGAAGGAGGCCCUCCUGCAGGAGAUCAUCCUGGUCAGCAAGCAGCAGCACUCGCCGGAGACGCUGCUGCAGCUGGAGGAGGAGCGCUCCCGGCUGGAGGAGGAGGUGCAGCGGGCCCACAGUUCCCAGAGCCAGGGGGCCAAUCAGAGGAUUCUGCAGCAAGAGAAGAGGAACGCGCUGCUGAGGCAGCUGGAGGAAGCAACUCGCAUCACCACCUACCUUCACUCUCAGCUGAAAAGGUGCAGCGGCGGGUUACAGCCGUCGGACAGGAGGCGUCCCUCCCGCUCCCUUCCUCACGCGUCUCUCUGCCUCCCCUGCAGCCUGUCGGCCAGCUCCCUGACCGUGUCGUCCAGCAGCAGCCGCGGGUCGCUGGCCUCCAGCCGCGGCUCGCUGGCGUCCAGCCGGGGCUCCCUCAGCUCCAUCAGCUUCAGCGACAUCUACGGCCUUCCGCAGUACGAGCGCCACGACGGGGCCGGCGAGCCGCUGGAGUCCCACCUCCGCUACCUGCUGCCCACGGAGGCCGUGUCAAGAGACUGCUCCAUGUUCACGCCGGACCCCUUGACGCAAAGCAAGGCCAAGCGCUCCCACGACACCCCGCAGUCCCUGGCCUCGCUGUCCUCGCGCUCCUCGCUCUCCUCCCUGUCGCCGCCCAGCUCUCCCAUGGACACGCCGUAUCACUCCGCCCCCCAGGACUGCCCGCUGACGCAGAUGACGGAGGAGUACAUGGAGCAGGCGGGCCGCGGCCUGCUGGAGGGGCUGCGGGCUCAGUCACAGACCCUGUCGCACACCGCCAUGCUGAGUGGCGAGGACACGGUCAACCCCGCCGCCGCCGCCGCGCAUCUGCUGGAUAACAAGCUGCACAGAGACGGCGGCGCUCAGGCGCCCUUCACUUCCACAGGAGUGACUCUGAGGGGAAACAGCGCCAACAGAAGUGGCAGACGAGCCCGGAGAGUUUCAGCAGGCGUCUCCGAAGACGCCCUGGCGACCGACAGUGGCGUGUUCGAGGCCUGGGGCCGAAGGCCGGAGGAGUUUGACGAGAUGUCGUACAUGAAAGAGCUGACGCCUGCAAGCGAGCCCACCCAGAUCCAGCUGGGACUGCUGUGGGAGUCCGGCUCGCAGUCGCUACGGCUGCAUCUGUUACAGCUUAAGAAUCUGAACAGGUCAAUUGUGAGGGAUGGCUUCAAAGUGUAUGUGAAGGUGCACCUGAUUCCUCUGGACGCCAGCCGGGCCUGUGCGUUCUACUGUUGCACAGCGUUGGAGCCGCAGCACCAGCUGAGUUUCAACGAGGGCUUCCGCAUUCCCGUUCCUGCAAACGCCCUGGCGGUGUGCGCCCUGCAGCUGUCCGUGUGCUCGCUGGGUCCUCAGGCGCAGGAGGAGCUGCUGGGCACGGCCCAGCUGAGUCUGGCGGACUGCGAGGGCCGAGCGGAGAUGGUGUACCACUGGCUGAGAGUUCAGAUCGUGAGCGGAGCGGAGUCCCAGAGGCCCGAGCAGAAGAGCCUCGGCCACCGCCGACACCACGACGGCCAGGACGACGAGCAGAGGCCGAGGACCGUGGAUGCCGGGUUCACUCCGCUGUCACGGACCGCCGCCGCUGCCCUUGCUGCCGCCGCCGGCCCCAGCACCAUCCACCUGGAGGUCCGGGACGCAGAGCUGGAGCUGCAGAGGUUGGAGAAGAAGGACGAGCCCGGCGAGGCGGCGUCUGAGAGGAGCUGGCAGGCGGAGUCGGUGGACAGCGGCUGCAGCAACAGCACGGCGUUCACAGCCGCCUGCUCCGAGGGCCUCUGCGCUGAAGGCUCCUGCAUCACCACCGGGGGGCGCUGUGAACAAACGGCCAGCAAGCUCUCUGCUGUGAAGGUGGAGAAGGCCACCAUGACGGAGGGCCUGUUCCCGGAGCCGGUGCGAGUCCGGCCUAAAGAGAGGGGGGGCCGCUGGGGGCACGCCUCCCCCUUCAUGCGAGGGAGCACCAUCGUCCGCUCGCAGACCUUCUCCCCCGGCGCCCGCAGUCAGUACGUCUGCAGGCUAUACCGCAGCGACAGCGACAGCUCCACCCUACCAAAGAAAUCGCCUUUCGUCAGAAACACGCUGGAAAGGAGAACAAUGCGAUACAAGCAGCAGUCGUACCGCUCCUCUUUGGCCGAGCAGCCGACCCGCACCUCCCUGGACCUGGAGCUGGACCUCCAGGCCUGCCGGACCCGUCAGAGGCAGCUGAUGGAGGAGCUGAGCGCCCUGAGGGAGCUGAAGCUGCGGCUGGAGGAGCCGCAGAGCCGGGAGGCCGCCGAGCUGCCGCACUGGGCCCUGCGGGACGAGCGCUUCCGCUGCCUGCUCCGAGAGGCCCAGAGACAGGCCGGCCAAAGUCAGCAGGAGCAGCGCCAGGAGGAGGCGGCGGAGCGGCGGCUGAGGAAAGCCUCCAAAGAGGUUCUGCAGAUGAGAGGCCAGAGCCAGAAGGAGCCGCUGCCGGUGCAGACGUUCAGAGAGAAGAUGGCGUUUUUCACAAGACCAAGGUUCAACAUACCUCCUCUGCCGGCUGACGAUGUAUGAGGACUUGCCUCGGUAAUCUGUGACUAAACAUGAAGUAUUUUUGUAGAAUUUUCUGAGCUCAUGAAGUACAAAGUUGUUUCUAAGCAGGACGCAGGAAAGGCCACACACAGACAACGUCGGAGCUUCACCUUUUGUUGUUGUUUUUUUUUUUUUCUCCUUGUGCGGCUUUCAUGAACACACACUCGAUGUCAGCGACAGCUCGGCUGUUUGUUUCCUUUUCAGGGGGUCUGACAGUGACUUUGACAUUAAACCUCUUCACCCCCCCCCAUAUGAGUUGCUUCUAUUUGUGCUUCCAAAACGCUGGAGGACGGAAACAAAAGUCGACAAAUUCACUGUACUGUAACUUAUUUUAUAGUACUUUUCCUUGAAGGAAAUUUAAAAAAAAAAAAGAGAGAGAGACGCUUCCUGCUCUUAAAGUGUAUUUUGUAGCUUUGAACAAAUAGCACUUCAGUGUUUUUUCAUUCAGUAAAAUGGAACUUUUGUCUGAUUUUUUUGUCUCUGUUACCUAAGAUUUAUUUACAUAAAAUGUCACUUUGUAAUCCACUUUUAUUACAGAUUCUGUUUCCUCUUUUGUUAUGUUAUUAAAAUUAAUAUUAUUUCAUGUACUUUUCAAUAUAUGGAUGAAUAUAUGAAACACUGUA